UGGCUGCAUUGAAUAUCUAAGAACAUCGGUUGUUAUAAUCUGUGACAUAAGCAUCAAGGAGGCAGCUGAACGAAAAUAAAGUUUGUUUGACAGUGACUUUUGUGCUUAGAGUUUUUGUUUAUUUGGCGAGCCAAAUUGAGUAUGGGAGCCUUAACAAGCAGACAGCAUGCUGGAGUAGAAGAGGUCGAUGUUGUAUCAAAUCAUGCAUAUAAAUAUCCGCCAAAAUCAGGCAAUUAUUUUGGGAGCCAUUUCAUCAUGGGCGGAGAGAGGUUUGAUACUCCACAACCAGAAGCCUACUUGUUUGGGGAAAAUGCAGAUCUGAACUUCCUAGGAAGUAGGCCUACCCCUUUCCCGUAUCCUCCACCACAAGCCAAUGAGCCAACAAAGACAUUGAAGAGCCUCGUUAACAUUCGAAAGGAAUCGCUGCGAUUUGUUCGAGUCCCAGAAAGUCUCAGUAAGUGUGGUGAAAAUGAUAUAGAAGCUGCUAAAUCUACUCAGUUCAACAUUGAAUUCACAUUUGAUUGUGAUGCUCGAUGUGCAAUCACUAUCUAUUACUUCUGCACGGAGGAUUUCAUGGCAAAUGGAGUUGUGUACACGCCUCGUGAUGCUUGUAUGAACUCUGAAACAUAUCAUUAUAAGCGUGGGGCAAAUCAACAGUUCUGUCAAGUGUCUCAUAUUUUUGAUCCAAGUCAAUACUUGGAGGAAGAAUUAACAUACACUCCUGACCGAGAUUUGAUUCCUAUAGCAAUCCACUGUGUUGCAGAAGAAGGGGAAGAACCACGGCAGUCUCACACAACAAUUGCAGUUGUAGACCGCCAUUCAGAUGGGACAUACAUCCUCAAAGCAUUGAAGCAGAAACUGUUUGUUGAUGGACUAUGCUUUCUUUUACAGGAAAUUUAUGGCAUUGAAAACAAAAACAAUGAUAAUAAUAAGAGUGCUCUGGAUGAGGAUACAGAAGAUAAUGGGUCAGAAUGUGUGAUAUGCAUGUGUGAUGUGAGAGACACUUUGAUUCUCCCUUGCCGACACCUUUGUCUGUGCAACUCUUGUGCCGAUUCUCUUCGCUACCAGGCAAAUAACUGCCCCAUUUGCCGAGCGCCUUUCCGGGCUUUGUUGCAAAUUCGUGCACUCCAGAAGUCUGCUACAGUUCCUCAAGGGGCCAUCUUACCUCCAGAGGUAACCAACGAGCUGGGACCUCAACAAGUUAGCGACCUUUAUUAUUUUUAUGACUUAAAAUUUGCAUUCAGCUUCUUAUAUGUUUAUUUCAUACACGAGACAAUAAAACUGCACAAUGAAUUACUGAAGUAUGGCCCUUGUCCAGCUCGGUCUGUACCUGCAGCUCCUCCGUUGGAUGUUGCUGAAACUCCUGACCAGGAAGUAGCUGUCCAGGCAGUGGAGGCACUCAACAGGUCCAGUACUGAGAGAACUCCGUCUUCAGUGAAGCAGGCAUCCAGUCCUGAAGAAUUUGCAGUAACCAAGAGUCCUAGAGGCAGUGGAUGCCACACUCCAGAGUUCCGGAUGUCCGUACUUCUGGCCAGAGAAGAGGAGAGUCACAAGGAUCAAACAACGAAGUCGCCGUUGUUAGUACAGCACUGCAGCCGUGACAAGAGUGCACUCAGACCUCGUGACACAGUGAGACUUGUCAACGAGAAGACUGUAAUUGAUCAAGAUGAGACACAAGAUGAAGACAGUGAAGCUGAGAAGCUAUCUCCACUCUUGGAUGUAGCUACCAGUACUGACCCUCUACCCCUUGACUCUGCAGUGAUACCACAUGAUGAUGAUCUUGAUGAUGAUGAUGAUGAUGAUGAUGGUGUUGAUGAUGAUGAUUUGGAGCUGAAGGUUGAAGUUGGCCAGGGUGAGGAUGAACUAGCUGCCAUGGCUGGUAGUAGUCAAGGUAAAACCAAGUGCCUCCAGCAUAAGGAACAGAAAACUAUUGCUGGAGGGGGUGAUGCUGACACGGGGCCAGUGGGAGCUGCUGGGGAGGACUCGGACUAUUAUACCCCGGAGGAUCCGGCUACUACCAUACUGAGUCCGUUGCACGCUGAUAAGGAGCGUCCAUUUACAUCAAGUGCACCUUCAUCCAAUGCGUCAUCAUCUGUGGAAAGUACGCCAGGACGAUGGAUGCCGGGUGUACGAGAAGGGCUGAUGGGCAUCUCCCUUCCCAGCACACCACUGAGUACAGCAAGUCAUCUCAGCAACCGUUCAAGUGGCGAUAGCUACAGCUCUAGCAGUUCAACGAGACAGCUUUUAGCAGCUAUGGGUGGUCAUCAUGACCACACCAAUAGCCAGGAUAAAUCAGUGCAGCUGUAGGUAACAGUGUCUGUAACGUGACUUCAUUUGAUUUGUAAUGGAGUUAGUUGCAUGCAUAUAAGGAUUCCAGUACACAUGGAUUGCUCAGUAAUGUGGCUGCUGUGGGCUUGAUGACCCUCUUUGCCAACAUACUGCCCACCAUAUCCAGUUCGGUGGAUACCAAGAGUUUUUUUCCAUACCUUAGCACUGAUGUCAUAAGUGCAUGGUGCUGUGCCACUUCCCUCUCUGUUUGUCCUCAUAACAUGGUAUUUUAUUACAGGGAAAAUGUAAUGUCAAGGUUAUGAAUGCCCAGAACUGAACAUUAAGGACAUUUUACAAUCUGUAGUAAGUGUCGUUGUGUUGAUGGUCAACAAUUUAUAAUGUGGCUAUUCUUUAGAAAAGUCCACAAAGUUUACAGUGAGUUUGAAACUCCAGCAGAUAGAGUCUCAUAGAUAUAGCACUUCAGAAAGAUAAAUGAGGAAUUACUUUCAUUAACCAAGUAAAGGAGAAAGAAUAGUCUGUAGGAUUUGAGGUUAUCA